AUGUGUACAGUGAGUCAGAUGUCAGGGUUUGAGAUCGCAGGUAUUGUUCUCGGGUCCAUCCCUCUGCUUAUCUCAGCGAUAGAGCACUAUAGCGACAGCCUCGAUCGCGCAACCGCUUUCUUCAAAUGGAAAGAUGGGCUGAACUCGACUUUGCGGGAAUUUUGGUAUCAGCACUCGUCGUUUGAGUUGACUUUGAGGAAAAUCCUCAAAGAUGUGGCAAGUCCAACCGAAAUUGAAGAGAUGAUUGGAGAUCCUCAUCAUGAACUCUGGAAGUCACAAGACCUGGCCCAAGCCUUGCAAGGGAUGCUCAAAUCUACAUACAAGCCUUACAUAUCUACCAUCAAGGAUAUGUAUACGUGUAUGAAAAGGCUGGCCAGCCAUUUGGAUAUCGAUCGUGAUACUGGAACUGCAAAUGAUCUCGAAUCCAUCAUCAAAGCAAACAAAAGACUUCCAUCUUCUGGUGGUCUUCCAAAUUUCGAGUUCAGGCGUGCCGUCAAGUUAACCAUGAAGAGAAAGGAGGUCCGUAUACUCCUUGACGAUAUGAAAGCAUGCAACAACCGCCUGGACGAGUUCCUCAACAGGUCGGAGGCUCCGAAUAACAGCAGGAUGACUGGAACUACUGUUAAAAAGUUGGGAUUGAGCUCCUCGCUACAGCAGAUACAAAACUACGCAACCAUGUUACAUCAGACUUUAGGAAAAGCCUGGUCCUGUUCAGCCCAUACUUCCCACGAAAUUCGCCUGCUCUUGGAAGACAGAGUUAUGCGUCGCAGCGAACCAAAAUCGCUCAAGAAAGUGAAACCGUCCAGCAAACCACCAUGUUUCACUAUUACUCACAAAUCAGCAAUGAGCUCUGCAAGUUGGAAAUCAGCUAAAGUCGAGAUUAUUGAUUCAGAUCAAGAGGCAGAUAAAGAAAGUAAGAGAAUCCGAUUCACAGAGACGCAUUCCAAGAGAUUUGUUCACGGCCAGCAAGGCAUGGCCACCAGAAGCAUCCAUGGCUUGACCGUGGUCGGAGAUCUUUGUACCGUCUUUCGUUGUUACAACGGUUUUGGUUUUGGACUGGACAACCAAGGUGUGCUUUACGAGACCUACCAGGACGAAAUUAAACCAGUCUGUUGCACGGAGAAUCUUAUCAGCCUUCAGGACCUCCUCAUUGCACAUUCUGGCUCGAAGUGCUUCACCCCUUUGACAGAGGAGCAACGGUAUCGACUAGCCAUUAUCCUAACUUCCUCAUUUCUCCAACUCCCUUCAACGCCCUGGCUCAACAAGCACUGGAGCCAAAACGUAGUAUUCUUCUCUUCAACCUCGAUUGAUGAUCAGCUUGUGAUUAACCUUCGACACCCUUUCAUCGCGGAGAGUUAUGCGAGCCUCGGGGUGUAA